AUGAAAUCCUUCGCAGCUAGGGAAACAUACAGUUUCAUCGUUGGCGUCAACGACUACCAUGAUGUUGGCUUGCUUAAAGUAAAGCAAGGUUAUUUCAUGUAUACAGUUAAAGAAGUUCUAUGGGAUUACUGGAAAGAUUUCGUGAGGAAAAAGAAAAUUCGAAGAAAGUUUACCGCUUAUUCUACGCAAGACUGGCUUGUGCUAGCGUAUUUGCACGCUCUCGGUUGUGGUCCUUCGGCGCUUGGUACGACAGUCCCAAAGUAUAACGGCAUGGUUAUAAUCGAACUGUAUGAGGGCAGCAAAAAACCUUUUGUCAAGGUGUACUACAAGGAUAACACCAUGGAAGUCCCUAAGGAUAUUACGAAAAGUGUGCGCACGUGCGCGCACGUACCCUGCCAUCUUAUUGAGUUCGAUCUUGGCCCCAAAUCAUACCUAACCAAAAAUCUGCAGGAGGCAGAGCAAGCUUGUCACGGCUUGUCGUAG